ACCUGGCAACCCGAGGGAAACGGGAAUUCCAAGGGGAACAGAAUCGAAUGCUACAACAGUCACGCAGAACUGUGAAGAUGGCAAGUCUUGUGAGAUACAGUUUUCUAUUGAUCUGUAUCUGUUUAAGAAUCACUUCGUGGGCAAAAUCAAUGCUGCAAGUUACAUCUUUAAUUGGAGCUGUUGGGAAUGAGAUCAUCAUCCAGUGUGCUACUGAUAAAACCCCUCAAGAUGGGGUGUACCUGUACAAACAAGAAGGAGCAAGUCAAAAUAAGCAGGUCGUCUUCUACUAUUACAAAGAUGGAGAUUUAAGCUGUAAAUCAGAAUGGUGUCGGGACAACGUCAAAGUAACUGGAACAUUUCCCAACUUUAAUAUCACCAUAUUGAAUCUAAACGCUACAGACAUUGGGCUUUACUGGUGUGAAUUUAAUAUGGAAGAAAAAAUGUCAAUCAGCACAGUCACAUGGUUAUGGAUAGAAGAACCAGUAGAUAAAAAUACAAAUAAAACAGGAGAAGCAGACGGUAAAGAUGAUGAACAAGUGUGCUCAGGAGAUCUUCAUCAUCAUUGGAAGAUCUUUCUCAUUGUGUGUGCUGUCAUGAUGCCGCUGUGCAUCACUGGAUUGAUCUUUGUGAUUCUGAAGGUGAAGAGGUUUUGGAGGAAGAAAUACAGACCAUCAAAUCCACCCUCAGUCUCAGUUAAUGAAGAGAUGUUUCGCAGCAAUUUGGACAGCUAGUGUACAGAUGCUAAUCAACCCUGACUAUCAAUACAUCAUGUUACUUCACUAAAUAUCUGUGAUAUAAAGUUUAUCUCUUUAUUAUUUUGAAUGGCAAAGCUUUCAACUGAUUUAUUGCUUCAUAUUUCAGUUUCUCUUUUCAGUUUCACUGCAGCAGUUUAAGAGAUAUUGUCAGCUGAUGGACAACUGAAAUGGCAGAGUUCAUUUGUGGUCUUGUGUGCACACGCCUGCAAGCUACUUUCAGUCUGACAAAUAGUCUAAGAGUGAACUGACUGAUAGAAUUAAAGUACAGAGACAUAUUUCACUCCUCUGUUCAUAAUAAAGGCAAUCACAGUUAUUUUGUCUCAUUAUAAAAUUUGUAACUAAAUAUUGCAAAAAUAGUAGGCUACUUGUUUACACAGUUUGUAUUUUACUCUUCAUCUCUAAAUUUGGUCACCAUUCUUAACCAAACAUCUUCCUUUGCCGGUGUGGUCAUGUCUUCCUUUCUAUAACCUUAGAAUACAACAAAACAAGUCACACUGACAUGUUUCUAACGCUGACUAACAAUGAUGAAGUUUAAAAAGUAUAAUGUGUGUGCAGAUGAGGCUUUUAUGUAUUUAAAGAGCAUUUAUUACAUAACAGCUUGGUUGCAGUUUUUUAUGAAUUUUAAUGUUUUAAUGUAAUGUUUAUAUGUAUUUGAUUUAGUAAGUUUGGUCUCUGACAAGAGUGUCUCUUGUCUUUGUGUUGUGCAAAAUAACAUUGAAAAAUAAACUGCAAAA